AUGGCCGAAGCGGCGCCCGCCCGGGCUCCAGAGAGGGACAAGCAGACAGAGGACGAAAGCCCUUCGACACCUUCUUUGUCACCCCCACCAGCUGCUGAGAAGAACUCCUACCUGUACUCCACGGAGAUUACACUGUGGACGGUGGUGGCCGCCAUCCAGGCCUUGGAGAAGAAGGUGGACUCCUGCCUGGCCCGCCUGCUUUCGCUAGAAGGGCGGGCGGGGACGGCCGAGAAGAAGCUGGCCGACUGCGAGAAGACGGCCGUGGAGUUCGGGAACCAGCUGGAGGGCAAGUGGGCCGUGCUGGGGACCCUGCUGCAGGAGUACGGGCUGCUGCAGAGGCGGCUGGAGAACAUGGAGAACCUGCUGAGGAACCGAAAUUUCUGGAUCCUGCGCCUGCCCCCGGGCAGCAAGGGGGAGGUCCCCAAGGUGCCCGUGACCUUUGAUGACGUGGCCGUGUAUUUCUCUGAGCCGGAGUGGGGCAAGCUGGACGAGUGGCAGAAGGAGCUCUACAAGCACGUGAUGCGGGGCAACUACGAGACGCUGGUGUCCCUGGAUUAUGCCAUCUCCAAACCAGACAUCCUGACCCGGAUGGAGAGGGGAGAGGAGCCUUGUCCUGAAGGCCCGUGGGGCCAGGAGGAGGGAAGUAAGAGGGAGGCAGCACGCCCAAGGAGGCCAAGCCCUGGCCUCCCUCCACGCCCAGAGCACAUCCUCAGCCCCGUCAGCCCUGCCCGGGAGGAGCCAAAAGAAGGGCAGGUCCCCAAGCACCAGCAAGACUCAGAGGCAAGAGCAACUGUACCUGGAGUGAGUGGUGGUGGUGGUGUGGUCAUUAAGACAGAAGCACAAUCUGAGGACGAGAUGAUGCCUGAGCAGCUCUUCCUGGGGGAGUCCCGUAGCCAGCCCGUGUGUAGAAUGCCCAAGGGGCCCAGGAGCAGGACCGGGGGCCCUGGCCGGCUUCAUGCCGCAGGAGUGCCACGGGUGCGGGCGGGGGACCCGCGGCCGCCAGGGGCCGUGGGGGAGCCGCCCCGCAUCCUUCCUCGCCGGCGAGAGCGGACCUUCCCCUGCCCUGACUGCGGGCAGAGUUUCCGCUUGAAGAUUAACCUGACCAUUCACCAGCGGACCCACGUGGAGGAGGAGCACAGGGAGACGCCGGGGAGCCCGCCCCCGGGCUGGGGGGAGGCCCACCCGGCUCUGGAGCCGGGGGAGGUGGUGGUGCCGGGCCCUGUCAUCCGCUGGCUCCCCGAGGAGCCCGGAGGCCACCGCUCCCUGGCAGGCAGGCCGUGCAUGGGGCGGCGGCCGGCGACCAACAAGAUGUACCACUGCAGCGAGUGCCUGCGCUUCUUCCAGCAGCGGAAGAGCUUGCUGCUGCACCAGCGCCUGCACACCGGCACCAGCCAGGGCUGGCCGGCCUGUCCCUACUGCGGCAAGGCCUUCCGCCGGCCCUCCGACCUCUUCCGGCACCAGCGCAUCCACACUGGUGAGCGGCCCUACCAGUGCCCGCAGUGCGGCCGGGCCUUCAAUCGGAACCACCACCUGGCUGUGCACAUGCAGACUCACGCCCGAGGCCAGGCCGGCCCGCACUUCCCUGCUUCCUCUGCCCUCCCUGGGAGCCCCCCGCUGCCCCGGCCCAGCCACAGCCAGGAGGGCUGAGUCGGCAGGAGCCUGCAGGGGUACCCUCCGGCUCUCCUGGGGCACCCCCCGCAGGACUUCUGUCCACCUUCAGGCCUUUCCCCUUGUGCCUGACGCUGGUUCCUCGUUCCGGAGUAACUUUGGAGAAAACUUUUUUUCAUUCAGAUGGGAAGCAGCGGCCUUUUUGGUGACAGUGUGUGUGUGACCAGAUGCCUCAAUUUCUUGUUUCCUAAGUUUGUCACUUUUUGCCGCCUUUUCUACAUUCCUGACUUAGAAAGGAUCCC